AUGCCACGUAAGCUACGUAAGAAUAUACGUAAGAGGAAGAGAGCAUUGAAACAUCCAAUAGUAAAACUGACACCACAACAACAGUUGCAACAACAAAUGAUGAAUGACCCCACUAUGUUGCAACAAAUGUCAAGCAACCCUAUGCUUUUAAACCGAGUUAUUGGUGCACAGAGUGGAGGUUUAAGAGCGGCACUUUUAGCGAAAAUGGCAGGCUAUGGUGGAGCUGCAGACGGAACAGCUUAUAACCCUCAAAGUCAAAUGAAUUUGAGUUCACUCAAAAAUCAAAUAACAGAUGUCAAAAAGUCAAACAUAGACAUACAGAAACAAAUAAGUGAAAACGAAAAGAAACUAGAAUAUGACAGACACACAAAGAAACUCAAUGAGUUAAACGUAGAGAAAAAGAAGAAAGAAGAACAACUGAAAGAACUAAGUACAGAGGAAUAUGCGAAAAAAGUGUCAGAAAAAGCAGCAGAAGUAGCAAAAAUGGAACAAGAUGUUAUAAAUUUGAAAAACCAUACUACUCAAUAUAAAGUACUGAAAGAUGAAGAGAUAAAACAAAAAGCCCUGAAGACAUAUAUGGAUAGCGAUGAGUAUAAAAAAGAA